AUGGAGGCGCGGGCGACGAGGAUAACACGGGACGAGAAGAAGGAGAUCGACGUGCUCUCCCGCUACGUGCCUCGCAUCGUGCUCUCCAACUACAUUGCAACGCGCGCCAAGCUUGAAGCGCCGGCGCUGAAAUCGUUCACCGCGGUCGUCGCCCUCUUUGAUAUUUCGGGCUUCUCCACGCUCGCCGACCGCCUCGCACGGGAAGAGACCCACCGAAUGCCCGUGCCGACGGGCACGGAGGCUAAGAUGCGCACGAGCGUGAGUGGGAAGCUCGACAUCUCCCGGUCGGCGAGCCAUCGGCGUGUGAGCACCGCGUCCGACAAGGUCGCGCUGCGCUCCGGCCUCCACGACGUUGAUGACGCCGCACCGUCGACAGACAAGCGCGGCAGCAUUGUUGGCGAUAAGACGAGUUUUGCCGAGCGGCACAGCUCGACGGGUGACGCGUCGGCCAAGAAAAGCAUGCCGGCGCGGACGGGCAUGGCGGUCGAGCAACUCACGCGGCUUCUCAACCAAACACUCGCCCCCGUGAUUGAAAUCAUCACCGAGCACAACGGUGACAUCAUCAAAUUUGCCGGCGAUGCGAUGAUCGUCAUGUGGGAGACCGAGUCGUCGGAACAAAGUUCCAGUGACGGUACACCACCCGUUGUCGUCGACCACGGGCAGCUCGUGCACACGGCGAUACUGUGUGCGCUCAAAGUCCUUGGCAUGCUGCGGGGUCAACCGGCGGGAAGCCACCGGCUCGGUAUGCACGUAGGUAUGGGCCUCAGCACCGUCACGGGGAAUCACGUCGGUGGGCUUUUGAAUCGGUGGGAGUUUUACGUGGCGGGCCACGCUAACCAGCAAAUGUCCAUGGCCGAACACGAUGCGGGCGAAGGCGAGCUCGUGGUCUCGUCCGAAUGCUACCACACACUGCUAGCGUCUGCCGCGAUUCAAAAUCUUGAGCUGCAAUCGACGCUGCUACUCACGGGCAACUACCGCAUUGAUAACCUCGAGAGCAGCUCGCCGCGCGUGUAUCCAACGCCGCCGUUGGAGCUCUCGGGGGACCUCAUCCCGCUCAUCAAGUCGUACGUGCCGGGUUGCAUCUCGCUCUCGCUUGGGAAAGGCAAGCUCGUGAUCAACGGCAUGCGCUCGAUCACAGCGAUCUUCAUCAAGUUCAGCGAGAUCUUGACAAUCACGGACCCGCAAGCGCAGCUCUUGGAGGUGCACCGCUGCCUCUGCGCCGUGCAAGACGCCGCCUACCGUGUGCACGCUACGAUUCGGCAAUUCCUCAUUGAUGACAAGGGCGCCGUCGCCAUCGUCAUUGUCGGACUACCCCCGUUCUACCACGAAAACAACGCUCUCCAUGGCAUUCGCAUGGCACUGUACCUUCAGGAAAAAGGCGUCAAAGCCUGCAUUGGCAUCACGUCCGGGCCAGCCUUUUGCGGCAGCAUUGGCAGUGCAGUGCGAGCCGAGUAUGCCGUCGUGGGCGACACGAUCAACCUCUCGGCGCGGCUCAUGUCGUUGGCGUCGCCGGGCCAAAUCCUCUGCGACGAAGCGACGCAGUCGGCGACAGCAACGCUCUUUGAGUUUGGCCAAGGGUCGCAGGUGCUCGUCAAGGGUAAAGGCACGACGAUCGCCGUCUUUCGCGUCUUCCGAGAUGCGACUACCGACAACAAGGCGCACCCGCUCGACCACGAAGAGAUCUUCUUGUCGCCCGACAUUUACGACAACGUCAUCAAGCGCAUUCAAGGCUUUGCGGCUCGGUUUCAGUCGACCGACUCGCUACAACUGUCGUCGGGACAAAUCCUUGACCCGCUGCAGAAGCAGCUCAUUUUACUUCGGGGGCCCACCGGUGUCGGCAAGUCAUGCCUCUUGCGCCAUUUGAACAAAGUCCACCCCAAUGUCGUCUACGCUGCCGGGGACUCGGUCGAGAAGAACACACCGUUGUACAUUUGGAAGAAGCUCAUGAGCACCAUCAUCUGCGGCACGCACCGUGUCAAGGCCCACGGCGUUCAAGAGUCGGACGCUGGAUUCGUCGUCCUCGGGCGUCGGCUCUCGGUGCUCGAUCACAACAACGCUGCUCGCCCCGACCGAUCACCGAAUGGCAGCGGCCGGGCGCUCGCACCAGCCAGUAGCACGCGGACCUUGACGUUAAACACACUCACUCGUGGUGUGUCGUGGCGGACCAACUCCAUAGCACCGACGGCAGUCAGUCGCGCAACUGAUGUCAUUGUUGUCAACACGGACAAAGCGCGGUUGCCGGGUACCGUCGCGGGCAAGAACGACGGCGCCAACGACGACGAAGAAGACGACGACGAGGACGACGACGAGGACGACGACGACGUCGAUCGGUCGCGCGUCGAGUCACUCGUCUCGUCUGUGCGCAUCGACCAAUCCGUCGCGCUCGGCAGCGGCCUGGCGUUCGUCAACUCGAUCGUGCAGUCGGGGAAGCUCUCGCCCGAGCUGCUGCCAUUGCUCAACUUUUUUAUUCCGCACUGCUUUCCCGAGAACAACUAUACCCUCGCGCUUGCCGCGAACAAGGACGCGCUGCUCAAGGAGCUUAUCGUGAUGGUCGUCGCGAUCCUCCAGCAAGCGUCGAUGAGUCGCCCGCUUCUCUUUGUCGUCGACGACGCGCAGUGGGUCGACGGGCAAAGUUGGGACCUCCUCGCGACCGCCGUGACCGUCUCGAGCCACAUCUCGGUGGUGGUGGCGCACCGCACGGACGCAACGCCGACCCACGACGCGUUCAAGAAGCUCGAGAUUGCGCCCGUGACCUUCCGAUGGGAGCUGAGCAAUUUGAGUCUUCGAGACACGUCGCUCUUUCUCAGUCAUCGGUACGGCAUCGCCAUCAUGAACUCGUACUUGCUCGAGUUUGUGCACAGCCGCGCGCACGGCAACCCGCGGGACACGAUCACACUCAUGGAGCGGCUCCUCGAAGUCGAAGCCAUCGAGAUUGACGUCACGCGCGGCGUCUGCCACGUUCACAAGGACAUCCACGACGUCGACAUGGAGGUGUCGGUGCAAACGCGCGCCAAAGUCACGUACCACUACGACUCGCUCUCGAUGAUCUCGCAGCUCGCCUUGCGCAUUGCCAGCGUCGGCCUCGAGUACGUUUCGCUCGACUGCCUCUCGUUUGUGCUACGAAAGGUGUUCGAUUUGGAGGCCGACAGCAGUUUUGCGCCAAAGGCGUCCUGUGACGGCAGCGCCGAUGGCGGCUCGACGCGGUUGCUUGCGCAAACCGUGACGCUGCAAGCGCUCAACGGCCUCGGUCCGCUCGAACUUGCCGGUAUCCUCAAGCUCGACAAGCACAACGAGACGAUCGAGUUUACGUCGUCCGAAGCCCGCGCCGUCGUUUACAACGUCAUGCUGCCGUCGCAGCGCGAGGUCAUCCACAAGGUGUUUGCCAACUGGUUCGAAUGCGAAGUGCCCAGCCACCGCCUACCGCGCUUCCAGUACUACAACCACCUCGCGUACCAUCAGUCGCGCUGCCGCAUGUAUACGGAUGCAAUGGACUACUACUGCCGCGGUGCCGAAGAAGCCCUCUUGCGCGGCGUCUCAGACUUUGCCCUUACAUGUCUCACGGCCGCCGGUGACGUCCUGGCGCUGACCGACACGGCGGCAGCGGGGUCGGCGCUCAGCGGGUCGAGUGGCCGGCAGUCGGCGUUGGCCAGCGCGAGCGACCGGUACUCGGCGCUACUUCUGUCGCGUGGGCCGUCGCUUCAGCAGUCGUCGAACGACGAAGCCAUCACGUUGCAUCAGUGCAAGAUCGAGUACCUCACGGGGCUUGUCAUGAUUCAAAAGUCCGAGUGGACAGCCGCGAUCGAGCACUUUCAGGUGACGGUCGCCAUCUACGAGCACCUUCUUAGUGGUCGGCCCAAGAAGACCAAGUGGCGCGUGCCGGCCUUUCUGCAGCAACUGCAUUUCCCGCGCUUGUCCAAGUUGCCGUUUCGGUCGUCGCACGUCGUGCCCUUCAAGCAGCGCCCGACGCCGCCCAAGACGCCGCUCGCCGACCAAGUCGAGUCGUACGUCCGCGUGGCUAAAGCCCUUGCGGCGCAGAUAAUGGCCGCCGAAGCCGCGCGUGAAAAGGCCAGCAACGCGAUUCGGCUCCUCGGGCUUCGAAGCAUCUUUAGCGCCAAGCCACCCUCCGGCACGUCGUCCGAGGCCACGUUUGUGGCCUUCCUACCGGGGCGGAAACCCCGGCGCAAGCUGUCGGGCGCCCACCGAACCAACGCCAAUGGGACAGCGUCGACGGAAGCAUCCUCCCGACGCAGGCUGCCAGUCAAGCUUCUGUCGCAGUCGCGGCUGUUUUCAUCCAAGCGCGGGCUCCUCGCGCCGACGGUCGUGUCACCGACGGACGACCGGGGCUCAACCAAACUCUUGUCACCCAUGGUACCACCUCGUGACGAGACGCCGACGGACCGACGCUACGAGUCGACCAAGGUCGCGCUGCCUACCGCCAGUGACGUCAACGGGGCAUGGACACCGCUGCUACCGAUAGAGCCGGAAGCACCCGUGUAG